AGAAUUCAGUAGCCGCCGAGCGUUAGCAGAGUAAACAUGUUGGACUGCCAGUGUGUCACGACGACGGGAGGAGGAACAACCCGUAGCCCCCCCAUGUCCCGGUCCAUGCUGCAGUGAGGACUGUGUUAGUGUGAGUGUGUGUGGGUACAGUGCAAGGAAGCUGCAGGAACUGGGUGCAGAACUUGUUCUAUCCAAAAAUCUUCGCGUGUUAGAGCGGGAAAGGAAGCGAGAGUUGAACAUUCUGUGCUGAGGUACAACAAGUGGCGUGCGAAAGCGUGUUGUUUUUGGUUUUUUCUUUAUUUCGGGUGGGGACUGAAAGAUUGCACCUGCGACCCGGCGGUGGGUCAAGGCAAUGGAUCCUGCUGGGCACAAGGAUGUUGCCAUCGUGCGUCGGUGGCCUAGUUUGGAAUAGGUGCUGCAAAGAGCAGGAGAGGUCAAAAAAAAAAAAAAAAAAUUCUAGCUGGUUCGUGCCACUGGAAGUCGUUGUGCUCUAUUUAUUUUUGGAGCCAACGAUAAAUAAAUAAACCCAGCCGCCCACAUGUGAGCCACGAGCGACGGGCAGAAAAGUGAUAAUUGAGCAUUUCCGGAAAUAGUCCGGAUUCGAUAAAAUGAUGACCGUCGAGAGUGGCGUGCCAGUGGUUCCGUGGGAGUGUUGUCCCUGAAAAGCCAAGGAGAAAGAAGAACGAUUUGAAUGAAAGUGGAUUGCGCGGUUUGUGGCCCAAAACUAGCAGCAGCAGCGUCGUAAUUGAUUGAAUUGAGUGCGAAUGGUGUUCGUACACAAAGGUUCGAUAGGCGAAUGGCAAAAGGAGGAGACGGAACAACAACAAUGAUUGAUCCCGAUUGCUUCGAGUGGAUGAUCAAUACCAUUAUAGGAGGCUUGAGAGUGCGUCGACGGUAGGAGCUGGACAGAAGUGCACUCUUCAGAACUCUUGACGGAAAUUUGCGGAACAUCGUCGUUCGAUCGCAUAACUGUAAGACCCACAACCAACCAUAUCGGCCGAGGAGCUACGUGCCAUCAGAAGCGGGCAUCAGCACCAGAGUGUGAAAAGCGAAAAUUUUCCUACCGCAAAAGCUCAUCUCAACCACCCAAUCAACCACCCACCAACCUACAUAGGAGCAAACCCCCCCGCCCACUUGAGCCUCGUCGUUCGUAUCUGUACAUGUUCCGUAUGUUGUAAGUGUUUGUCGUUUGCUUGCCAGUGUUUGUUAGUGUGUAUCUAGGAGAAUAAGGAACCGUGGAAGAAGAAUAAAAAGACGAAGAAGAAGAAAAAGAAGAAGAAGAUAUAGCAUACAUAAAAAUACAACAAGAAAGGUGGUCGAUUCAUGUCGGAUAGCUUGACUCGUUCGGCGAAAAAAGCCAGUGGCAGUGAGUGAGUGGUUUGACCAAAUUACAGGGGAACCUAUAACGAGACUCCGGAGCUCGCAUUGGAUUUUGUGUUUUGGUGUGAAGAAGACUCCACCAAAAGAAGCGUCCGAUAGUUCGACUAUCAUUGAAGAAGCCAAAGAAGAAGUAGAGGCGAAUAAAGUUGAUUCAUAACAAUUUUCGUCGAUAUUGAGAUUUGCUAGAGAGGACAGUGGCAAGGAGGAGGAGAAGGAGGAGCAGUUACUCUAGUGCUCGUUAGAGGGAUUCUGGGGAACGGGAAACGAAGAUUGUUUGAUCCGGUGAACGGACGGGGACAGUGAAGAAGAUAAUAACAGUGAGCGAUUGUGAGGAUAACGAAGAAAGGAAAAAAAAUGUUUAUUUAUGGUUGGCGAAAAGCUUCUGCCCGCGUAGGAGAAAGGAAGUGAUAAAGGAGAAGUAAGAAGAAGAAGAAGUGCGCAGUGAAGUAAGGAAGAGAAACAGCAGCAGUUUGGUUGUUUGUGAGUGUGUGUGUGUGGGUAUGUGCACUGGUGCCACCAUCAUUACAGACUAUAUUAUAGAAAAUUAUAGCUAGAGGAGUGUCAUUUGCGGUGCUGGAAAAGGAAACAAAAGAAGGAUAACAAAUCGUUCACGUGGAAACCGAUCAAAGCGCCAGGAGGAGAUAUCAUUGAUCAACAAUUCUUCCCAUCUAUUUAGAAGGUCCACCGAUUCAACCAGUAUUGAAUGACAAUCACCGAGUACUCCAGUAGCUUCCAUUGGCCCCAGGUGGAGCACCCGCAACUUGUUCCCGUAGUAGCCGUCCUGGACCGUGCCAGAAUCGUAGACUGUCCGCAGGCCAGCGUGCCGCAGAAUCACCUUCGUUGCCUCGUGGCAUCCGCGGAUCAGCUCGAAUGUACCACAAAGCUCCAGACGGCCACCGCGGAGUAGAUGUGAAGCUGUUGGCCGAACUCGGUUAUAUUGCGGAUCGAUUACGCAACCACGAACAGCGCUGGGAGCUGGCCGAGCUGAAAGAUCUCCACAAGCGGAUCGUGCUUAGCUUCGAUGAGCUACCGUUGAAUGUGGUCCAAGCAUCGGCGGACGAUCAGCUACGACCGGUCCAGUCGGAACUUCACGGGCGCUCCCAGCUGCAGCAGGAAGUCGAGCGAGCGGCGGAAGCGGCGCAGGAGGUGGAAGCCACCAAGAGGCAGCAACGCCUCGAACGACUACAGCAGUCCACCCAACCGAGUCCAUGUGACGACGUCGAUCAUGCCAAACUAGUGCAAUUAGAGGACUUUCUCAUCUCAUUCUAUCGUAGUUACGCCGAGACGCGGCGAAUCAGCCCAAAGUGCAAAAAGACCAAGAAGUCACGCACUAAGCCGGGAACCAAAGAGCACAAGGUGUUUCCCUUCCUGGCAUCAUCUUCAUCGCGAUCAUCAAUAACGUCUUCAUCGAGUUCGACCGAGGCCGGACCUCGAAAACAGUGUGAUAGCCAGUGUGCCACAGCCACCGCCAACGACGACGACGACAGCAACGUCGCCAAACAGCCAAAGCAACUCCAACCGGAACAAUCAUUCAAUACAUCGCAGGCCGAUCGUACUAUGAACCAGGAUCGCGAACCCGAAGAUCCUAACGCAGUAGUUGAACCCGCACAAGCCAAACCAACACCAACGACCAACGACGACGACGAGGAGGAAGAGGACGACAAUCAAAGCGAUGCCAAACCUACAGUCGACAGUGUCAGCCCUUGCGCCAGCUGUCCACCGACGCCGCAGCGAUCGACCUCGGCCAUCACCGCGGAUAGCACAACCAAAGACGACGACGAGGACGCAACGACGACGACGACGACCACCACCGCUACGGCGACUCCCAGCGGGGCCAGUAGCCAGCAGACCGUAGUCAAUGUGGAGGAGACGGAUCCGCUGGAUCAGAAACGGCCCUCGCUGGACGCUCCGACGUCUUCCUCCAUCACGGCUCCCCGACCGCGAACGACAACGGGAGGCUGCGAUGACGACAGUACCGAACCGGACGAGGAGGAAGACGACGACGAUGACGAGGACGAGUGCAACGGGAACAGCGGUGGUGGUGGAGCUGCAGAUGCUGAACGAAACAAGCUGAGGAAGAGAAUCUCGGAACUGGCGAACAACUUUGCCAGUGCCAAGCAGUUUCAGCAGAUGUGCGACAAUAUCGAUGCGAUCAAGGACGUCGAACUGAGGGCGCUCAUUCGGGAGCUGAAGCGGAAGAUUGACUUCGCCGAGAGGAUGAACUGGUUGUGUCUGUCGAGCCGGCCACUCUGCCCACCGCACCGGAAGACCAGCCUGCCGAAGCACUCGGACGUGAAGAAGCACUUCCUGGAGAUUGCCGAUACGACCCUGCCGGACGAGGUGAAGGCCGCCCUCCGGCUGCCGGCAUUCGAUUCCUACGAGUGGGAGGACUGGGACGUGAUCCACCUGAUGCAGACCAUGUUCGUCGAGCUGAACCUGCUGGAGAAGUUUCAGAUCCCACGGGAAACGCUCCGCGAGUGGCUGUACGAGGUGUACAAGCACUACAACAACGUCCCGUUCCACAACUAUCGGCACUGUUUCUGCGUGGCACAGAUGAUGUACGCCAUCACUUGGCACACGAAUCUGGUGCAGCGGUUGGGUGAACAGGAGGUGCUGAUCCUGCUGGUAUCCUGCAUCUGCCACGACCUGGACCAUCCCGGCUAUAACAACAUCUACCAGAUCAACGCCAGGACCGAGCUCGCUCUGAGAUACAAUGACAUUUCUCCCCUGGAGAAUCACCACUGUUCGAUUGCAUUUCGCCUGCUGGAGCAUCCGGAUUGUAACAUUUUCCGCAACAUGAACAAGGACCUGUACAAAGACGUCCGCGAAGGCAUCAUCCGUUGUAUCCUGGCCACGGACAUGGCCCGUCACAAUGAAAUCCUUACGCAGUUCAUAGAGGCUACACCCAUCUUCGACUAUAACAAUAAGGUUCAUACAAAUUUGCUGUGCAUGGUGCUAAUCAAGGUGGCGGACAUCUCGAACGAGGCCCGCCCGAUGGACGUGGCCGAACCGUGGCUGGACCGGCUGCUGCAGGAAUUCUUCGCCCAAAGUGCCGCCGAAAAGUCGGAAGGUCUUCCGGUGACGCCGUUCAUGGAUCCGGACAAGGUCAGCAAACCGGGCAGCCAGGUGCGCUUCAUCGGCCUGGUACUGCUGCCACUGUUCGAAGCCCUCGGUGAACUGCUGCCGGAGCUGACCGAUCUGAUCAUCACUCCCGUGCGGGUGGCGUUGGAUUACUACAAGAAACUGAACGACGUGGCUACCAGGGCGCGCCGCUCGAUCGCCGAAGCGGAGCAGUCCUCGGAGAACAACAGCACGGCGACGACGGGAACCGGCACGGGUGGAACGGGGGCCAGCAGCACGACGACCGGCGGUGGAGUUGGAGGAGGAGGCAUGGGAACCAGCUCGACCGGAUCGCCCCAGCUGCCACGGUCGCAGAGCGGCAUCAGCGUCAAAUCGAGACGUAGUAUCCCCUCGCAAAAAUCCGUCUCUAGAACAUCUGUUGAUGAGCCUAUUUUAAUUACAGCCGAACUGCACGACCUACCCGAGGGCAGUGAGAGUGGAGACUCGGAGACGGCCACCGAAGUGGAUGUUGCGGAGAAAACAUCCCGCUUCAAGGUGGACACCGAGAGUAGCCACCGCAAGCAAUCGCACCCGAGCUCCCGCAAGGGGAGCCGCGAGAAGCGCCCGUCGAUGAUCGGCGAGUACUACACGACAGGUACACGCAUUCGUGGCUCCCACGGCAACAUUCAGCAUACUAAUCGAACGUAUUUUGGUUCAAAUCGUGCCAUUAGCUUAGACCAGUACAGUAACAAUCGCCGAAUGUCCGACGGCAUCCAGAUACAGACCGUGGCGUCCGAUAAUAGCGUAUACUACCAUCAGCGGCAGCAUCGGAGCUUGGAGCACGAUUCCACCGGUGGGAUGUACUCGUCGUCGGACCGCAGCACCAGUCUGAACAGUAGCAAUGAGCAGCAGCAGUUGCUACAGCAACUGCAGCAGCAGCACUAUCAACAACAACAACCACAACAACAGGGGCCAUUUCAAUCUAGUCAUCAUGCGCAUUUUCAUCAUCACCAUCACUACCAACAGGCGGCGGCUGCUUUGCACCAGCUGCGGGCGGUUCAAGACUGUGAGAACAUGAACAUUACCGCGCCAUCGACAGCUCUGGCGGCAAGUUCGGGAAAAUUGUUUGCGAACUUGAAUAACAACAAUAACAGUAGCAGCAAUAACAAAAAUAUUGGCAAGAAGAUGAACUGGUGCCAGCAGCAGAAGCUGGAUAAGGUUCGGAAUGUUAGUAAUAACAACAACAAUGGGAGUGGAGGCGGAGGUGCGGGCAGUUAUGGGACGAGUGGGUCAACCGCGGGGAAAGGAGGAAACGGAACAGUGAAUGGAUCGAACGGCACGGCGUCGAAAUCAAUCAUAUCAAGACUGAGACAAUUGACUGGAAGAUUGAGCUUUAAUUUUGACUCCAAGGAAUCGAAGAAACUGCAAGCGCUGGCUGCGACAACUUCGACGACGGCCGGGGAAGGUGCAGAGGAUGGUAGUGAAUCUCAUCAGAUGGAUGGAUCGGGUAAGAGCGGUGCCGGCGGUGGCUGUUUGACGAAGAAGACUCGGCUGUUGGAAAAAUCGAAAACUGUAGACGUGAGUGGGUCGGUUGCGAUCUGCGGUGGAGGAGAGGGAGUUGGAGAGUACUGCUGUGCCGCUGGAGUGAUACUGAAUCAACCCAAAUCGAUAUCGCCUAUUCUUAUGCAACAUCGGAACAGUGAUAUUAUAAGUUCGAUCAAUACGGCUCGAAACCGGGCGUACAGUUUGGACGUGCCGAUCGGUAGGAAUUGCUGUAGGAGUUUAAGUGGAAGCACGGCCGGUGGAGGAGGAUCGAGCUGUGGAGGAAGUCACAAGAGCUUGACUUUUUCGUUGAAUAAAUCGUUGAACGAGGAAGCGAACGAUACGACGAUAAGUUCUGGAGGUGGUGGCGGUUUGCGACAACCACCGCUAGAUGACACUACUAAAAGUGGGGGCAGUAUCAGUGAAACCAUUUGACAAC